CUGCUGUUCAUCCAGGGGUGAUGCUGAGGCCAAUUUCAGAUGUUUAAAGCCUACAAAGUGGAAGAACCUGUGGUAGAAAAGAUGGAGUUUAAGGAAGUGAAUUUCCGUCUUCCACAGGAGCGUGAAAGAUUUAAUGAAGCUGUUUUUGUGAGGACUGGAAAUGGAGACUACUGAGAAAGCAAGAAAUAACUGCCAAACGAUGGAGCAGAUGCCAGAAGAAGAAACACGGCAGUUGAUCCCAGAACUUAGUCCUGAAGGUUUCUCAAAAGAGGAUGAAGAUUUCCUUUCUGGACUGAAUCCAGAAGAGAGAGAAUGCCUGGAGUACUUGCUUCAGACAAUCAACACCUUGGAUAAGGAAAUCUUAGGAGAUGACGAGCGGAAUCAUGAGAAAAUGGAAGGAUCUCCAGGUUCUCAGGACCCAUGCCAGCAUAGCGUCAUCUGCAGCAUGCAACAACCAAGUAAAUUUGAGGAGGCUGCCCCACUGAAACCUGGUCCCUGCCCAGCAGUUUCUAAGAGUAAAAUGACCAAGUCCCUUUCAGAGGAAUCUGACGAAGUCACUUCGAGGAGAUGGUCUGACCUUUGUUGUCCUCAAGCCAAACUUCCUCCUAGAUCAGCCAACUCUCACCCCACCCGCUUUAAGAAGUUUGACACCAUACUGAAGUCAGGAGUCAAUGUUCAAGAACUCCGCUCGCGUUUCCUCCUCCACCUUGACAUUUCUGCUCCCGUCAAGGAACCAGCAAAGGAUACUGUAAGACUAAUAAAGCCUGCAGGGCUUUCAUCCAACGCUCAAAGGUCUACUCGGGAUGAAGCGCUGCAGAAGCUGGGCUUUCUUCAGAAAAACACACCUUUUCUGGAUGCAGAUCGACACAUCCAACUCCCAUGUGCUGAAAGGCCGAAUGAAGAGGCAACUGCCGGUUCCACCUACACCAUUAAGAAGUCUCCAUAACAGUUGCUCCCAUCCAGAGAGAGAUGCUUUCUCAAUCAGCUAAAGGCCAAGCAAUGUUAGAAGAACAUCUCUUCUGAUACGGUAUUGAACAAAUCAAUUCUUUUUGAUACACCAAAUUACCUUCUGCAAAAUACAGUUGGAUCAGAAUAUAGAACCUGCAGCGUACAGUUUAUGACAUUGUAUUUAGCAGCGUUUCUUGUCUUUUCCGCAAAGUGCGUCUUGUUGGUACAAUAGUCAGUUGAGAUGCAUCCUGUGGGCUUUUGAUUCCACUUCUAGACUUCAUAACAUUGCUUCCUGAAUCCCUGGAGCAACAAAAGAUAUUAUUUUGUGAAAAUGGAGACCAGUUCCCUUCCUUCAGACUAGACCCAGUGCCUUUACUUAUCGGAACAUAAGAUCAAAGCAAUUGCAUCCCAGGACACAGAGUGCUUUCAGACAUAGCUUUUAAUCAUGCAAUCUCCUGGUCUCAUUCCUAGAGCUUUAUGGGAGGCCCAGACAAUACUGUCUUCCACUCAUCACUUCCCAUGUUUUGCUAGUGCUACUUCCAACCUUUUCCUUUCUACAGAUUGUGGGAGGGGGAACCCAGAGCCAUGCACUGCUAGGGUCCCUUUAACUAUCCAAGAGCAGGGAGUUUUGACUAUUAUAUUUGGCUUGCAUGAGUCUCUGGCACAAAUUAGAACAUAAGUAUCCCUUUACAGCAGAGAAUGGGAGGAAUGAAAAGUGCUUGUCUGCCAGGUUUCGCUAAAUACAUAUAUAGAUAUUUACAUGGGUACAUAUACAUAUUAACCUUUCUAAUAAAGGCUGUUACGUCUGCUUCAUAAGAGAUCCAUAUAUUCGAACUGGUGCUCCAGCCAACUGCUGUUUUCAAUAGGAAGCAAUGUCUUUUUUUUAAAAAAAAAUCUAGUACGUAUAGGAAUUUAUUUACUUUCUAUAUUUUUAAAUUCUUCAAAAUAGCAAAAAGGGAACUUCAGUCAGAAACAUGGAGUAAACGUACAAAAUGUAUCACAUAUUAAUCUUAUGCUAAUAAUAGCAUCACUUUUGGAAAUUUUCUACAAGGAAAAUUAUAUUAAAUGUCAAUUAGUUUUCAAGUUAUUGAAUAAUAACUGUGUAUUAGCAUAUCUUAUUCCUUCUAGAGAAUUACAUCAAUUAAAUAUUCAGUUUUCUAUGAA